CCGCCCCUCGCCGUCCGGGCCACCGGCCGGGGUCUGCGGGGCUAGGGGUGACCCUCGGCACCAAGCGCUGGGCGAGCGGGCGACACCGAGGCCAUGACCAUGGCCACCGUGGCGGUUGCGUCUUCUUUGGCCCUCGGGGUCUCGAGCCCGGCGGCCCCCAGCUCCUACGGGGUAUUCUGCAAAGGGCUCUCCCGCACCCUGCUCGCCUUCUUCGAACUGGCCUGGCAGCUGCGCACGAACUUCCCGUACUUCUACGUCGCGGGCUCCGUGAUCCUCAACAUCCGCUUGCAGGUACAUUUUUAGAGACGUGAUUAUGCUAACGGUCCCCGGGUCGGCACCAUGGCGGACUCCCAGGAGGUCCGGCGGCGGAGCCGAGCGGAGCUGCGGAAGAGGCCUCCUCAGUCUCGCGAGAGUCCCCGGGCGCCGUCCGCGGCCGCCCUCGCCGCCCCCGCCGAGCUCCCGGACGGCCUCAGAAACCGCUGGGACUGGAGAGAGGACGGACGGCCGUCCUGCGGCAACAGUGAAGAAUUGAAUUCAGACCCACAGUGUUUAAGGGGCUGUGCGUCCUUAAAAUUAGAGCGAAGAAGGGUGCAUUAUAAAAAAAUGUGAAGGCUACUAAAUUUUUCAGGAGAAAAAUGCAAAAUACAAGUUCAUGGUUCAAAUUAAAAUAAGAAAUCAUAAAUUCCGGGAAUAUUGGAUUGAAUCGUAAGCACGAUAUUGAAUGAGUAAGAAGCUGAAGAUCUUAACGAUAUGAUGUGGAAGGCGUGUGUUUCUCCAUCCCACAAGAGAAAACAGUGACAAUCAGAAAUUUUCCAGUGAGGAAAAAAACAAAAACUGUACAGGAAAAGCGUCCUUCUGAUAUCAAACAACGUAAAAUCCUGCAGGAUUUUGAACGGAGGGUUGGCGUGUAAGAAAGCGGACUGUAUUUCAGUGUCCCCGUGUGUAGCAGGGCUCACGACCUUGGUGCCAAACAGAAGGAGAUCCAGUUACUGCCCAAAUCUUGACCUUUUGAUGAAUGCCAUUUAAAUAAUUACAAUAAUUUAUGUAAAUGUUGUCUUUAGUCUUUUUCUUUUAAGAGAAUACUUAAUUAUGGUUACAAAGUAGAAUACAAAUGUCACCCUCGAUCAUGUAAAACUCCAGUUUUCAAGUGGGGAUGUUGAAGGGAGGCGGUGGUGCCUUUAUAAAGUGGGAGGUUGAAAGAUGCAGUUUAUGAGGGAGUAGCCACAGUUUUGCUAAACUAGCAAUGGUACUGUAUUAAACAGGGAGGAGAGUAGAAGAGAACAGCAGUAAGAAAGAAAUGCCUAAAGAUGCAGAGUCAGGUGGAAUGUCUCAGAAAGAAAAUCUGAGAAUACCGGGUAUAUUCGAAUUUGGAGUCAAGAGGUUUUUAGGGUUUCAGGGAGUCUGGAGAUGAAUUAGUGGGCUGCAGAUUUUUUUUAAAUAAGAAAACAAAGCUGAGGCAGUAAUGAACCCCAGCAAAAAUAAAAAGUUGUUCAGUAACUACACUGUGUACCUCAGCUGUGAAUACUGCUAGUCAUAAAGUCAUAAUAAUGUGAACAUUGAAUAUGAAUAUAACAAAUAAUUAUGUAACAUUGAGAAUCAGUCAAUAAAAAAAGUAUUGAACAUGUUAUUUAAAAAAAAAAAAAAGCUGCAAAAAGAAACAAGAGUAAAAAGUGUUUGGAGAAGAAAAUCAAGGAUGGGUAGAGAAAAGGUGGAAGGUUGCUAUUUUCCUCUACCAGGCUAACAGUAUUAUUUUGAUUUUUCUUUAUAUGUUUAUUUGUUUGAUUAAAAAUUAAUUUACGUUUUAGCUUUAAAAUUGCUCAGGUAAUUGAAAUGUACAUGACUGGUAAGAGCCACCAGAGUAAAAGGAUUGGGUUUUUAAAUCAGCAGACCUCUUAAAUGCAAACUCUAAUUUUGUAGUCUUAGGUCAGUCCAUUAAUCUGCAAAAGCCCCAGUUUCCUCAUCUAUUAAAUGAGGGUAAAGUACCCACCGUGUCAGAUCAGUCUGAGAAUUAAAAAUAAGCCCACUUUAGUGUACAAUAAACGGUAUUUGUUAUAACAGAAUAUCUCUAUAUGAUAAAACUUAAAACUCAUUCAUGGAAUGCCUGCUUUUCCAGUAGAGAUUUCCCGGGUGUGAGGAAGAGACGCCAAGAUUUUAGGUGAGACAUUUGAGCUGAAAGGAGCCAUUAUUUGCUAAGGUAAAGAUUUAAACUAUUUGCAGUGUUCUGUAUUUCCACUAAUUAUGUCCAACAAACAAGUAUACUCCAGGGCUAUAAAAUAAGCACGCCAUCCAGCACCCCGUCUGGAUUUGGGUAAUUGAUCUUCCUCUCGUUGAUUCCUCGUCUCCAGCUAAACUAUUGAACACAUCCUCUUCUUUCUACUUACACUUCCUUCUGCCUUCGGUACCCUUCCUGCCCAUCCUACCCCACCCCAGUGGUUGCUCUGCCUGUGUUUUAAGGCUAAACUGAGAUGUCACUUUUUCCCAGAUUCUUCUGAUCAGAUUAGAGUUCAUUUCUUUUACUCCAUCUAAGGGCUGUGUUUAUAUCAAUUUAUGCCAUUUUCAUGGGCUGCCUUAUUUUUGCCUAAUUAUUCAUUAUCAGAUAUUUUUUAAUAUCAAGGAAGACAGAUUUCUAUAACCUCUUCCCUUGGUAAUUACAUAUUGCUGUGAUAGAGUACAGGAACUAAGAUAUUUUAGUCUAAAAUAUAAAUGUAAGUUGAUCACUAUUCCCUAGAGGCACUGAUGUCUCAGUUUGUAACAUGAAAGAAAGUGAUUGGCGUUAGCCCUGGAAUGGUAAGAUACAGAGAUGGGAAUUUGGGCGGCGCUAUGACCAUGUGCCCUCUUUUUUCCUUUCUUUUUUCCCCCCUAGCAUGUGUCCUCUUCAGCCUUGUUUCUUCAGACUUCUUCUAUUACACUGAAGAAACUAAGGCACCUUCACAGACUAAUUAUCAUUCCUCCAACUAGAUUUGAAGCACUGAGGGUGGAGAUACUGUGGUAUAUAGCCCGGAAUAUCAGCAGAUAUAUAGUAGGAACCAAAUGAAAGGUCCUUGAUUUAACUGUUCUUCACAAUUGCUCUUAAACCUAGAUGUGUAUUUUGCUUCUCACAUGAUGCAACUCAAUGAAGUUUCCCAGGGGAGAAAACAAUAUUUUUGUCCUGACUAAACCAAUUAUUCUAAUUUACGAGUAAUUUUAUUCCUCUUGACAUCCUUUCAGGUAAUAUCUAUGAAGCCAAAGAUUUUGUUUGUUCAUUGCUCUAUCCCCACCCUAGAGCAUUAGCUAAUGCAAAUAGGGUGGGUAUAGAUAAUAAAUAUUGUUGAAUGAA